AUGGCUAUGAGUAGUGCAGAUGAUUACCGUGAUGAAGGUCGUGUCAAGUGGCUCUCCGGACGCAGGCUGGACUGGCUCUCCGGACGCAGGCCGGACUGGCUCUCCGGACGCAGGCCGGACUGGCUCUCCGGACGCAGGCCGGACUGGCUCUCCGGACGCAGGCCGGACUGGCUCUCCGGACGCAGGCCGGACUGGCUCUCCGGACGCAGGCCGGACUGGCUCUCCGGACGCAGGCCGGACUGGCUCUCCGGACGCAGGCCGGACUGGCUCUCCGGACGCAGGCCGGACUGGCUCUCCGGACGCAGGCCGGACUGGCUCUCCGGACGCAGGCCGGACUGGCUCUCCGGACGCAGGCCGGACUGGCUCUCCGGACGCAGGCCGGACUGGCUCUCCGGACGCAGGCCGGACUGGCUCUCCGGACGCAGGCCGGACUGGCUCUCCGGACGCAGGCCGGACUGGCUCUCCGGACGCAGGCCGGGCUGGCUCUCCGGACGCAGGCCGGGCUGGCUCUCCGGACGCAGGCCGGGCUGGCUCUCCGGACGCAGGCCGGGCUGGCUCUCCGGACGCAGGCCGGGCUGGCUCUCCGGACGCAGGCCGGGCUGGCUCUCCGGACGCAGGCCGGGCUGGCUCUCCGGACGCAGGCCGGGCUGGCUCUCCGGACGCAGGCCGGGCUGGCUCUCCGGACGCAGGCCGGGCUGGCUCUCCGGACGCAGGCCGGGCUGGCUCUCCGGACGCAGGCCGGGCUGGCUCUCCGGACGCAGGCCGGGCUGGCUCUCCGGACGCAGGCCGGGCUGGCUCUCCGGACGCAGGCCGGGCUGGCUCUCCGGACGCAGGCCGGGCUGGCUCUCCGGACGCAGGCCGGGCUGGCUCUCCGGACGCAGGCCGGGCUGGCUCUCCGGACGCAGGCCGGGCUGGCUCUCCGGACGCAGGCCGGGCUGGCUCUCCGGACGCAGGCCGGGCUGGCUCUCCGGACGCAGGCCGGGCUGGCUCUCCGGACGCAGGCCGGGCUGGCUCCUUCCAUAA